AGAGAGUGCAAUGAAUAUGCUGUUCUUUCAUCUACUAUUUGUGAAAUAAAUCUCAUAAAUGGAUUUGUGUCACUCAUAUUCAUACGUUCAUGUUUUCACUGCCUGUUCACAUCUGUGAUAAGUGGUUGGUGUUGAAGAAUUUCUAGAUCAGAAUCUCACAAUAUAAAACCGUAGUUGUAAUACUCCAAAGUGACUGGUAACUCAGCAAGCAACCAUUCCUUAGAAGAAAUUGGGAAUUAAAUAUCCAUAGAAAAAAAUAUGUGGACUAGCCUAUUACUGGGAUUUUAUUUGCAUUUCUGAGAAAGAAGGUGAAUUCCUUUUACACUUCCUGGGAAACGCACAUUAUUGUUCAGGCAUGCUUUCAGAUGAGGCACGUAAACAGAGACUGUCUGUUCUCUUAACAUACCUGUGGAGAGAGAGCAAUGUGAUUGUCUCAACUAAUACAUUAAAAGCUUUGCUCUCUAAACUAGUUAAAUUGGCUGCCAAUAAUCACAGCAGUGACUAUUCUUAAAAUGCAGUAAAAUGGUUGUAAGAAAUCGGGGGACUGAAACAUUUUCCAGUGUUUCCCAACUUAGAUCCCACAGAGACUUAAGAUAGUUCGAGUAACUCGAUGGGUCGGGCAGCAUCCCUGGUGACGUUUCAGGUCCGAACCCUUCAUCAGACUCCAGGGAUCCUGCCUUUACCAAACCACUGACUAACCAAAAAAUAGUGGAUUGGUAAAGUAUCAAUCAACUGAUGAUUAAUGGAGAAAUAAGAAACUGCAGAUGCUGGUUUGUAAAAAAAAAUAAAAGAAAGUGCUGAAAUCACUCAACGGGUCAGGAGAUAUCUCUACAGAACAUGGUUGGGUGAUGUUUCAGGUUGGGACCCUUCAAACUGCUUAUGGUGGUGGGGAUGGUGGAGAAAGCUGGAAGAGAGGUGGGGAAAAGAAUAAAGCCAAUUAAUAUCUGAUUUCACAUGAUAUUCUCAAGUGCAGAUAAUAAGUUGAAGAAAACAUUUUUUAAAUUGGACUAUGAUUAAAAAAAAAGCCUAUGUGUAUGUUACUUGAAAUUGUUUACUUGCAAAGACAAUGAAUAACACACGCUGAUUCAUUUGAGCUACAAAAACACAAUCUCUCCGAGACUAAGAGGUGACCAGGAAUUUUCAUAUGUGAGCUUCCCUGAUUCUUUAGUAAAGACUAUCGCGGCACAGUUAAUAGCUGUUGCACACAGCCUCUGAGGAUUUCUCAGUCCCACUGUAAACUGCACACCUCCAAUUCGCUCCAGCAUGCCUGCAACAUUAAAUUAAUUCUGCUGUCCUGGGGAUUUGCCUUCCAGAAGCAUUUUCUCUCUGCUCUGUUAACUCUCUGCCUCCUGUUGUGAGUGUGAGAGGCAGUCCAGGCUGACACCAAACACCAAGGCAACAGUAAAUGAGUGGUGCCACCUGAUCAAAAUGCAACGGCAGCAGAGAAAGAUGAGGUGGAAGCAGAGAUAAAACUCUCUUGAUUGUUUCCUUUUCUCAAAUUGCCGUCUUCAUCUGGCACAGUAGCUUUCUGGUGUUUACAAGGAGACAUUUGUGUUGCUUCCUGUCUCUGUAUACUGAAGCAUGGACAAUUCACCAUUUUUUGACAACUUGUUAUAUUACAUGGGUGAUUUCACUUGGAACACAAUGUUUGGACAGAAUGUCACACUGCAGCCUGUUCCCAUUCAGAGCCUCUCCGAACUAGAGCGAGCGAGACUUCAGGAUGUGGCGUUCUACCACCUGCAUGGGAAAGAUCUUGGCUGUCAGAUUACCAUCCCCAAAGGGGGGCCAAAAAGGAAGAAAUCAUUUCGGCGAAAGAAAGAACCUUUUACCAAAGAUAAAAAAGAUAAAGAAUUGCAUCCUCUGGGAUUUGGGCUUCCUCUGCCACAGGUCAUCCUGAAUGACUGUGCACGAAAGAAGAAGCAAGAUGCGGUGAAGGAAGGUCGGAGAGACUGUCUAGACCUGGAGACAUCGGUCCUGAAAUUUCGGGCCAAGAAGCAACACAAGCAUCUGGAUGAUAGCAACGCAUUUCUGCAGUCUGCCCUAGACAUCAUGAACGAGCCUCUCUCCCCAACUUUUCUGGAUAAUGUUUCCAGAGGCCACAGACGGGGUGCCGUGUCCGUCGAUUCUAUCACAGACCUGGAUGACAACCAUUCACGAUUGCUGGAGGCCCUACAGCUGUCUUUGCCAGAGGAACUGGAAAGAAAAAGAUUAACAAAGACCAAAAAGAAGCUCAGUCUGAACCCCAUCUACCGGCAGGUCCCCAGAAUCGUGCAGCAAUGCUGCCGGCACAUCGAAAGCUACGGUCUUCAGACUGUUGGUAUUUUCCGAGUUGGAAGUUCUAAAAAAAGAGUUCGACAGCUACGAGAUGAAUUUGAUCAAGGUCUGGAAGUGAUUUUGGAUGAAGAUCACAGUGUCCACGAUGUAGCAGCUCUACUGAAAGAGUUCCUGCGGGACAUGCCAGAUCCACUUCUCUCCAGAGAGCUCUACACAGCCUUCAUCAAUACCAUGUCAAUGAAUCACAAGAAACAGCUCUCCACCCUCCAACUGCUGAUUUAUCUGUUACCCCCGUGUAACUGUGACACUCUGCUCCGACUGCUGGAGUUGCUGUCAAAGGUUGCCAGCCACGCCCAGGACUCAGUUGGUGAAGAUGGACAAGAGGUGACUGGGAACAAAAUGACAUCUCCCAAUCUGGCUACCAUAUUUGGCCCGAACCUCCUUCACAGAGAGAAUGUUUCUGACAAAGACUACAGUAUGCAAGCAGUUGAAGUAGAGGAGAGCUCAGCAGUCAUUGGUGUGGUCCAAAAAAUGAUAGAUAACUACAAAAACCUGUUCAUCGUUGCUCCGGAGCUUCAGCAUGAAGUGCUAAUGAGUUUAAUGCAGACGGACAAAGAUGUUGUACAUUAUCUUCUACGCAGGAAACUUAAAUUCCAAUCGAGUUCAGAUCAAGAAAAUGAAGCGUUUGUGAUGGCAGAUCAUCCUUGCGUCAAAGCUGUGUGCGACCCCUGCUCUCAAAGCAUUACCAUCACACAAAUGCACAUCUCACGCAGCUUCUGUGAAAGCCUCCCUCUGCAGGACCAGAGGAAGAAAAAUUCAGAUUCUGAGUUGUAUAAAGUUCCAGACACAUUGACAUUCAUUAGACAUGGACAUCCCGACGAUGGAAAUAACUUUUCUUCCCGAUUAGUAAAAAGUCCAUGUGAAGAGUCUGGUGGAAGAAUCUUCAAUCGACGAAGAGCAUCCCGAUCGUAUGAGAAUCUAACAACAGCAAGCCAUUCACAACCAACGAUAGACUUUGUGAAGAAAGCAGAUGGCACAGCUUUAUUAGCUACAAGCAAGUCUCCAUCAGUUCCCGAUGGUCAGCUGGGCCACCAAAGUGAGGAGUUGAUGAACUCAAAAGAUGCAGGCAAUGUUCAAAGAGUACGCCCAGAACUUUCUCCAAAUUGUGAAAGUCUCAUGAAGCAAUCCUCUGCUGGCAUAAUGGACAAUGACUCUAAGGACUUCAGUGAAGCAGCCAGCUCAUCUGACGAGUAUUUAAGCAAAAUCCAAAUGAUUGAAUCCAGCUUCAUUCCCUGGGAAACUGAGAGGAGUGCAGCACUACAAAAUGCGACAUGUCGAGGAAGAAUGGAAGCAAAAGUGUGGGUGAAAAGGAGCGGUAGGGAUGAUUCCCCAAGGAAUAGAGAGAGAGAGCAACAACAACAACAACAACAACAACAACAACAACAACAACAACAACAACAACAACAACAACAACAACUGCAUACUUUCAGAAGCGAUCAGAAAAAAAGUUCCCUUCGCGAAACUGCAGUAUAAUUUUGGAAAUAGCAAUCCCGUGGAUGCUUCUGAAAGGAGUAACAACCGAAAAUGCUGGAAAUAUUCCACUAGUCAGGCAGCAAUUGUGGAGAGGGAAAAUUAGUUAACAUUUAAGGUCUAUGACCUUUUAUUACAAGAGGGUGUUACUUCAACAUAUGUGGGAACAGUUUUGAGUUUGUCACGUUAAUUGUUAAAAUGUAUUGUGCAUUCCGUAAACUGUAACACUGGGCUGCUGCACUAUGUUGACUCAUUUCCAGUUUACCCAUGAUAUGUUUCAAAAGCCCUCCCAAAGGAUAUUUAAAUGUUACUUGCUGUUUCAAUGGCAGUUGCCUCUCUGUGCAGUGAAGCUUUAAUUUUAUAUAUUUGUGCAUCUACACAUUAUUUAAAAUAAUGCAAAUUAUUAUUAGUGUAUCAUGUGUCAUGGCUUUGAAAAUGCAAACAUUUAAAAGAAUGUCCAGGGACUUUGAUCUUGGAGGAAAGAGAACAUUUAAUCUGAUGGAAGGCAAGUUUUGACCACUGAGCCCAGCUAUUUCGGCAACCAUUACAGCCUGAACAAUUUGUUCCAUCAUGGGCUUUAUCUAAUUUAUUCCAUCAUUCAAUCUCACGAGAAAAAGUUUUUCAAGAAAUUCGCAACUCGCUGAAGUAAACAAGAAAAAUCUUCAAAAUAUUUGAUUGCCUUUGAACUGUUCCAUUGAAUUCACAACCUUCUCAUAAUGUUUAUAUGUAACACUGCAUUCUGUACAUUGGCCAGUUCAGUGGUGUGGAAGCUAAUUUGUUGCCAUUUGUAGACUGAUCUAUGAGGCCAUUACUGGAGGCCUGGGACUUGAGUGCAGAAGUGAUUCAAAGAAAAGGCGGGAGGUUUUAGACUUGAAGAUGGAGGAGAUUAAAAAUAAGUGGAGGUUCAAGAUAGGGAGUAGAUUACAGUUUAAAAAGAACAGGAAUACUGGAGUCCAUUGUUCACACACUACAAUGCAUUUCAGAGUGGGGCGGAGGGGGUAAUUAUCUGAAGGCAGUCCAUUCCUUGGGUUCAUUUCCUCAAAUUUGAUCAUUUGAUCAGUGAUCAGGGUCAGGAUGGUUUGCCUAAACGAGUGGCAGGUAGAGGGAUCCAGAGGAUAGUCUUAGAGGAGCCUUACCCCUGACUCUUGUCUAACAGAUGCAAGAUUCUUGCUCCAGUUUGGAUGAUGAAAGGGACUGCUGGAAGGAUGUGCAAAUUGUUUAUAACCACUGUGACACAAGGGGCAUUCUAGUAAGGAGAAAAGAAGAAUAAGAUAGUCAUAGAGCAUAGCACAGUUAGAGGACCACACUGUCUUCUCUGUAGCGGGAGCAGAGAUCCAAGGCUGUGUUGCCAGCCUAGUGCCAGGAUUACGAUAAUCUGCUCUAAAAUGAAGAUUAUAAAAUAGAUAGACAUGGUUUUAAUUAAGGGUGGAAUUGAAUGCUUCUGGUGACAGAAGGUUUUAUAAAUCAAAAAGAUUUUGAAAGAAAUUCUGAACAGGGAGUUAGAUGUGGCCCUUGUGGCUAAGGGGAUCAGGGGGUAUGGAGAGAAGGCAGGGACGUGAUACUGAAUUGGAUGAUCAGCCAUGAUCAUAUUGAAUGAUGGUGCAGGCUCGAAGGGCCGAAUGGCCUAUUCUUGCACCUAUUUUCUAUGCCUAUGUUUCUAACAGGAUAGUAAUGAGAAGAAUGACAAUCAAUUUAUGAUAGUAAUGGGUGGUAAAUAUAAGUAAGUAUGGCAGAAAGUGUAUCCAGACUAAAUGCAAAAACUCAGAGCUUAAAGAUCAUUACCUGAAUGCCCAUGGAGUUUGUUCAUCGGUAACAGAUGAACUUGAUCUGUAAGUAUCAUGAGGAGUGUAGGAAGGAACUGUAGAUGCUGGUUUUAACCGAAGAUAGACACAAAAAGCUGGAUUAAUUCAGCGGGAAAGGCAGCAAUUCUGGAGAGAAGGAAUGCGUAACGUUUUGGGUCGAGUCUGAAUAUGGACUAUAAGGUGGCAAGAAUUAGGAGCACAAUUUUCCAGCUAAUUCAAUGUUCCAAAAUAAUACGCAAAAAGGGAUAGAGAUGGGAUAACAUUGUAAUCAGUGUAAUGGUGAUCAGUGAUUAUAGAUGCAAUGGUCUGCAACGUUGAGUCCGUUUGAGUGGAGAUAGGAAAUGACAGGAGAAAUAGGAUAUAUAUAUAUAUAUAUA